AGUUCGCGACUCCUCCAACGACAUGUCACCGAUUUACAAACUUUUAACAGCAUUGACUAUAGCGACCGUGGCUCUAGCUUCGAAACACCACGGCAAAAACAACACCUGUCAAGAGUUUACCCAGGGACAAGUCUUCAAUGAGACUCUAGCCAUCGGAACAUGGCACCUACUGCACUACAGCACCGAGAAAACCAACGGCUCUGGAGACUCCCACUGCAUCCAGAUAAUAUCGGUCACUGAAAAGGAUCGGAAAGAUCUGUCGGACCUUGUUGGCAAGUACGUUGAAAACUUGAAAUGGGAGAGCCUGACUUUAAAAAUGCAGAUACCGUGUGCCGCCGUGCCCACGAACCACACUCGGGACUACUACCUGGAGAAGCUAGAAGGCGACGGCUCCUACAGGACUCUGCAAAUGCCACCUUCUAUCGCAAAAUUGGACCUGGCUGAAUUUCACCGCUACCCAAUGCGACUCAAAAUCAUUGAGAAUCGGUACUUGGGCAUGAUGGAUUGCCACGAGAAGUUCCUGUUUCUUCUGGGCAAGCAGCCGCCUGAGGGCAAGCCAGUGGACGAGCGCCUUCGUAAGAUGAUCGAGAUGUACUGGCCUGAAGACCACUAGAGAAUAUACAGAUCAGAUAAACUCAUUGGGAUUCAGCAUAUCUAUGUUUAGUCAUUUUUACG